GCUUACUUGAUCUUUUUUUUUCGUGCGUGAUGUAUGAAUGUGUGACGGUAGCAGCACCAUGCAAAGUGUGCUUAUUUAUCGCUACGUAUCUACACGACAGCAUGCUCCUGAUGUGUAUGGAAGUGGAUAAGUAAGUAAGUAGGUAUUUGAUAAGCAUAGAGCCCCAGCUUCUAAGUACUUAAGAAAGGUGGAUCAAUCAAGAAGUGCCUCUCCAUCUCCCACUCCUAUGGAGCCUCCUCCUCAACUGCAGCUUAGCGAAAGUGAGGGUCUUUGCCUUGUUGCAAGAUCUCCGACAAGUUUCCUCAAGUCUCUUUCCUCGAUAAGUAACGUUUUGUUAUUCUUCGACAGUACUCGUCUUUCUUCAACUAGGUAAGUACUUACUUAUAAGUGCUUGCACUUAGAAAACAUUAGAAACGCAAUCAAACAACUAGCUACGACAACAACAGCAACAACUUCAACUACGCCUCUACUUUUUAGAAGUGAAAUAAGGACCAGUUCUCUGCUUUCAAAGAUCAACAAAAACCACCGCUCGCUCGCCGACGGCCAGGAUUCUCCAGUGGUGUGAGACUUCAGCCUCUUCUCGACUGCCGCGCCCUCUUUUCGACUACUCACUCCACCGAGCGGAGACCGUCUUCACAGUAGAAGGACGCGAGAAGCAGCAAUACGAACAAAAUGCGCGAAUACCUUUUCUUAUGGUGUUGAAAUUGAAUACUUAAGUGCAGGUCUUCUCGUCGUGGGUAACAAGUUGUCACUGAUCAGGGUAUCUCUCGCAUCUCAGCGUGAACUUCUAAGAUAUGUGUUCUGGCAUGGUAGGCGUUGUUUUAUUUAAGUAAGUAGCUAUCAGCUCUAAUCUCUAUGACCGGCAGCGGUGUUGUUUCCAUGCCUGAGCGCGGCCUUGGUGGAGGUGGUGAGGCAAGCAGUGGAGGUGCAUCUGCAGCCGAUCCGGACCCCAUGGACUUGGAUGGGGAGAUGGAGGCCCCGUCGACCCCGCCGGGUCAGGCUCGCGACAUGGAUAAUCUGGAGUGGGAUGCCGACUAUGACGGAGUUAUGGCGAGCAUUCGUAAGCUUUUAAUCGGUGGCACAUGUCUUUAUUUGUUCCUUCAGCAGUAGGCACUGCCACUAACUUCUAAGUAGCAGCACUUGUUUCCUUAAGUUUCUCAACACCCACUGGCUCAGCGUCAGCUCUUCAUAGCCUUUCUUAGUAUCCUCUUUCAUGAUAGCCAUGCUGGGAUCGCCGUCGCCGGGUCCGUACGAUGAGGAAAAAGAAACGCCUGCGAACAAGUGGCGUCACCUGGAGCUCAUUUGUGACCAGGUCGAGGCGCAGCUGUUGCAGAUGGCGGAGGGAACCGUGAUCCCAAAGGAUGACGACAAGCGGCACAACAUCCUCUACAACACGCGGCGUUUCAUCCCCACGUUUAAGGCUUCGAUCUAAGAAAGUAGACUGAUCAGGCGGGCUCACUACUAGACUCCCAAAGGUGGCGCAUUAUAGUAAGCACUCUUCCACUUUCACUUAGUCCAGCGCCAGUCUCUCUGAUUCUCACUCGAGUGCUGUGCUUACAUCUACACGUGCAUCCACAAGAAACGCGUGGGCUCCAUCUCUAACCAAGGCCACGAGCUGGAUGAUGUAGGAUCUCGCCCCACUAGGCGCAAGGUGAAGCACCUUCGCGACGCAAACAACUUGGCUGAGCUGGUUGCGCAGAUGCGCUACGACACAGAGGCGGACUCCUUCACAAAUACGACAGGCGUUUGGGCAUAUCUGGCCAACGCGGUACUACUGAGUCUGACUCUGAGUCCCCUUGUUAAGUAAGUUCUUACUUCUUGACUCUAUCGCGGUGCAGUAAGCAAGGCGCUCGUCUUUGCUCUACCUAUACUCGGGCCGCAUUUUUUCUAUCUCCAUCAUCAUCGUCUCCUUUUGAUAUUGGUUACGACCAACUCUCCCGCUCUAUCAGGUCGAAGACGGGCUCAAGAUUGUGGCGAUUUGGGUGCCGAAAAAGUCGGUCAAAGGUGACUGGAGUCAACGUCUUGCGGCUACUGACGCGGUGGGCAAUUACAACGUGUUCAUUCCACCUGGUAAGCAUGCGCCCUUUUUUCCUGCUUUGUUAUGCGUUCUCCUUGUUGUUCUAUAUGAUCGAUCAGCAUCAGCUGCCCACUUUCAUCUUGAAUUGACCAAGUAAGAACCUUGAUACUCCACUUCAAGCGCAAGCUCAACCAACCGCCCCAUCCUCAUCCUUAAGGAAAUACUUACUCGCCCCACACUCACAGUGAAAAACAUCGCGCGGCUGUUCAUGGAGGAGAGAAAGAAGCUGGCCGCAAAAUCGGCGAACGGCCAAGUGAGUUACCGCGAGGUUGGCCGACAUGUCAAAAACAAUUUCAAGUUCGCGCUUCCCGGGCGCAAGAUCACCGAGUCGAACGCGCAUAAAUGGGGACAGUACUUACUUUCUUUCUUAUAUAAGUAAGGAAAGAGUCAACUCGUAGCGCUGUGAGACUUGUGCAUAUCUUUUACGCGGCGUACUCGCUGGCUGGUGUGUGGUAAUAAGACCGGUUGUCUUUCCUCUCCAUAUCAGUAGUCUUACUUCUAUCAGUUAACCCCCAAGCAUCCACCCUGUAUCGAAAUUGUCAAUCUCUCCUCCUUCCAGGUUGUGCGACAACCUCUUCGACGUGAAGACGAGCGGGGACUUGUUGCCGUUGUAUGAGUCGUUCUCGAGGGUGUGCGACUUGUACCCGAUCAUUAUGGCCCCAGUUUCUUCUUGGGUUCAGCUUCAAUGAGAGCAACUCACUUGCUUACCUAUGUGUCUUGCUUACCUAUGUGUCUUGUCUAAGUAGGCCAAAGAAUAUAAGGAGCUCGUCUUUCCUCUAAUGCAAGCACUGACUGCCCCCUGGAUACGGUGACCACUCUGGCCGACCUGGUGGCUGGUGAAGAUAAGCGAGUCUUGAUUCGGUUUUUUGACAAUUUUGAGGAGAUUCAAGAAAAAGCUGCGCGAGCGCAUUAUGCUCGCCAAGCGGCGAACAACCGGCCCAGAACCGAUUUUGGCUGGACUGGGGCGAUGCUCAAGCAUGAGCUCAAGAUCAUCCGCUGUAUUUACUUACUUAUCCUAUAUAGUUAUAGCAUAGCCUUCCCUUGUCUGAUUGAUCUGAGACACCUGCAUACUUUUUAGAAGUAGACAAACAAAACGCUCGUGUUUCUGAUUUAUUGCUUGAGGAAGUUUUACUUAGAUGAAUCAAAACAAGGCGUGCUACUGCUAGCUCCUGUUUUACUGUUUUAGAGUACUUCUUUAGAUCUUUUAGACUAAUCACAACAGGCAGCCCUAGAUCUUGUUUCAUUGUUUUAGAAAAUUUAGAUUUUUUCGAGAUCAAAACGAGGAGUGGCCUCGUUCUUCUCCUCAGACAAAUCCUUUCUCAUUCCAUAUGGCUAACACUACAGUGCAAGUGAUGAUGAUCGCGAAGCUGGACACUUGUUGCACGGAUUGCUUUGAUCGUUCUCAUCUGGUUUUGAUUUCGGAAGGCGACGACGCCGACCAUGAGCGCCUCGCCCAUUUAACUCCGGAACCGUACCGAAAAUUAAGAAUGGCUGGAGCUCGCACUCAUCUCGGACUUGAUUGGCCCGCUUAUCUUGGCUUCCUAUGUAAGAUAAGUAAGUAGCAAGAAGUAAGUAGAGAGAUUGGGCGUUGAGUCGGGCGGUCAAUGUAAGAAGGAGAUGAGUCGUUCGGGAAUCGCUAACAACGUACCUGGUCUAUCGGCAGUCCGUUGAGAAGAUGUACGAGGUCCGGCGACAGAAUUUCGUCUCGGUACUGCUUAGCAUCGAGUGACUAGGAAGUAGUAGCACUUACUUACUUAGUCACAAAACUGGCAGAGUUGCACUACUUCUAAGCACUUUCGUUCUUAUAGUUUAUCUUUACAAAAACAAACUUUCUUGGAGUGGUUUUUAAGUACUUGCUUACGUUACUCUGAUCACACGCAGGUGCUGCAGGAGCGUGACGUUGUGGACGCGACAGCCGUGAAUAUGGCGCUGCGGCGGGUGUUUGAUGCGACCACUGUCAAGCUCAUCUUCGACGCGCCAACUUUGACGGUGCCUGAGGUUCCUGAGGCCUCGAAGAAGCGCUCCCUGGAAGACGACGACGCUGAUGGGGAUUUGCCCGGCGAAGUACUAGAGACCUCCCAUUUUUGAAUUUUGUGAUUUCGUAUGUUUCUGUUUAUUUGCGGCGUGUUCUGGUCGUCUUCUCUUUUACCAAUACUACUCCCUCGAAGUGAUUUUUUUGUGUUCUGGGUUAACAGCUAAGAAGUUAUGUAUGUAUCUGGGUUCUAUCUCUAACUAAGUAUGUCUACCGCAAAUCUGUCUCCAGGAUGCUGUUCUCAAGCCAUAUGACUGGGCGAUGUCGUUUCCCUGGCCCCCGGGCGAGUACUAUGCUAAGAGCAAAGCGCGGGAGGCUAAGCCAGUUGCGUCGAUCGUUCUGAUGCAAGACUUGGAGGAAGGUACUACUAAGAUUUCAACUACUGACUAUGGAGAACGGGCGGACUUGUGCUAGGAAUGAAACGCCUUGAAGGUUGCGAUCAAGAAGACUUUGGAGUCCAGUGCUGAGUGUCGGUCCUUCGCGUCCUCCUCCCAUUGAUUCACCUUCUUCACCUUCAUUUCUUUCGCAUCUCCAUCUCUCUACAGAAGUGAAGAAGCUGACCCGUGGCCGUGCAGCGUUUUUCUAUUGCGACAUCCCUAAGAUCUCGGCUUUGACGGAGCGUGACACCGUUGAGCCAAAGCAGCCCAAGGUCACAGCCAAGGCGGCCCAGCAUUUCGUUGACGGCCUCAACGUCAUGAAGAAGACCACUGCUGCGCCGCGUUAUUUUAUCGGAUUAUGCGGCGAGGCGAAGUCGAAUGAAAUCAAGAACGCCAUGGACACGAUUCGUGGCAUGGGUGACGGAGGGCGUCAUGGGAUGAUGAUCACAAGUGACGACUCAUACAAGGCAGGAGUCAUCAAAACAAGUCCUAUGGCGGAGCUGUUUGAGCAGUACUUUACGAACGUGGAUGCUGUUCCUGCAACGUUUCGCAUUGAGGCGGCGGAUUUGCGAUUGAAACUGCUCCAGCGAAGUUCUUUGGAUUUGCAGAGCGUACUACUAUUUCAUAUCUUCGGGCUUAGAUGCUCAAGGAAGUCGCAUCUUCUAUGGACUUUGGAUUUGCUCUCACUUUUUGCUAGAUCUAUUCCUCAUCUCUCAGCAUCGUAGUGCUCUACCGUAUUGAAUUCAUCAUUGUCAACCUACUUACUCGUCAAUCAUGGACUGACGUCUUCUCUCCCCCUCUGAACAGGUUGAAGAGAUGGGAAUGCCGGAAUCUGGCAAGGUGGAAGACGUGAUGCGGCUUCGCAGCAGUGGCGUUUCGAGCAUCGGGCCGGAAGAUCCUUCUGAUCCUAUUUCGUACCAGUGCUGGUUCGCCAAGCACCGCCACUGGAGUUUCCCAAAAUCUUUGAAGCAGCACCUCAUGGAACAGCCUAAGAAUAAGAAAGGAAGCGCAAAGCCGCAGCAGGUUCCCGUGGUGGUGGAUUGGAGCUUCGACGAGCUGUUGUGCACAUAUUGCCUGCUGAUGAGAAUGGAUUAUAUCGGUAUCUACUUUUGUUGCUGCUUAUGAAGUGAUAUUUGUGAUCAACGUCAGGCAUUCUCCACCUAUUGCGCCUUCUUCUUCGCGUUGUCGUGGCUUCUUCUCCACCUAUUGCGACUUCUUCUCCACUUGUGUGACUCUACGUAUUGCCUUGCGUCUUCAUCUUCUCUUUUAACACACCAGGUUGCGCCUUAACGCCUGCGCAUAUGGAGGCGAAAAAACACAGCGUGAAACAGUUGUGGUGGUGGGCUAAGAGCACCCCCGUCCCUUUGGACGGUGUGAGUGACAUCUUUCGCUGGAAUAAUUAUGGCUUACUCUUAAGGACUUGCUUACUCACUUUCAAGCUGAAACUGAAGGACAACAGAUGCAGAACUGGGCUGGUAGAUUCUUCUUUGACAUAGAACAGCACUAGUAACGGCUAGUGCUACCUACGCUUCUACUCUUUAGCACUUAGAUCUUCUUUCUCUUCUGUCUUUCUCAUCCUCUUUCUAAUGUUCGGAAUACAUUAACUACACGAAGCAGGAGGGCAAAUCUUUCAACGUGAGAAUCAUGGGGGAUUUUUUGAGCUACGACGUCCGCCGCAACACCCCAGGCGUGAACUUGUCGGGGUGCAAGAAUUAUGGCUUGGAUUCAUGUUGGUGUCAAGUAGACAGUCAGAGCAGACGCAGAUCUGUCCACGCAGAUACUGCAGCUUAGGCUAAGCAAGUAGGUCGCGGCUUUUAUUGGAUUGAGCUCCAUCAUCUCCCUUUCAAAGGGGCGAGUUCCCCAGACGCCCUUGCCCCUAGUCUAACAAAACGCUGCAUCGCAUGAGUCGAACGUGGCUAAGCGCCGCCGUGUGGGUGCUGGAUCCCCCGGCGAAGAAGAAGUCUUUGACCUGCUGAAUGAGGUUGAUGACCUGUUCGAGAAAGCCGCUCCAGGUGGAGGCGCAUCUUCGAGCAGCAGCGGAACCGACAACGAAGGCGUCAAGAGCAAGAAGUACAGUGGAUCCCUCUGA